ACAAUAAGUGCCCUUAGAAGGAAAGCCUGUCAGAUUGAAACUGGAGAGGAUUUUUUACGCAUGAAGUGUCAGUAAAUCCUCACUUCAUUGCGGGUCGAAAACACUUUUUCUUCUGCUCAGCGUCAUCUCGAGGGGAAGCUUGCCGAGGAUGAUAUUGUAGUAAGGGAGUAUUAACUUUGGCACCACCUCGGGAUAAUCUCCACGGGUCCGCUAGAAGAGAGAGAGGGAGAGAGAGUUGAAGCUGCGGGGUGGAGGGGUGACUCAGGGGGGGAAGCGGCCGCUGAGCGAGGCGGUGCGGGCGGCGAGGUGAGCAGCGCACCCCGCGGCCGAUGACUGGGGGCAUGGAGAUGUUGCGCCGCUCCUCUGUGUUCGCAGCCGAAGUGUUCGAUCGCUCGCCCACCGACAAGGAGCUGGUGUCCCAGGCCAAAGCGCUGUGCAGGGACUACAUCCACUCCAGGCUGAACCGCGCCGGCAUCGGCUGGUCCAAGCCCGAGCACGGGCUGGCUGCGUCAGGUGGGACUCUGGGGGAGAUAUCGGCGGUGCUCCUGUGGCUCGGUGAUGAGCUGGAGUACCUGCGCCCCAACGUGUACCGCAACGUGGCACGGCAGCUGAACAUCACGGUGGCAUUGGAGAGCGUGGUGUCCGACGCCUUUCUGGCUGUGGCAGCGGAUAUUUUCUCCACAGGUGUGACAUGGGGAAAGGUGGUUUCCUUGUAUGCCGUGGCCGGGGCCCUGGCGGUGGACUGCGUACGCCACGGCCACCCGGCCAUGGUCCACACCAUCGUCGACUGCAUGGGGGAGUUUGUGCGCAAGAGUCUGACGUCCUGGUUAAAAAAGCGAGGCGGCUGGGUGGAUGUAACAAAGUGUGUGGUGAACACUGAUCCCAGCUUCCGCUCUCACUGGCUGGUGUCUGCGGUGUGUGCCUUUGGACACUACCUGAAGGCCAUGGUGCUGUACCUCCUCAGGGAGAAGUGAAAAAAGUGACACAUUGGACUCAUGAGGAGACCGACCAGCAACCGUAUAUCACCACCACCACCACCGCCACCUAAAGCGCCCUCUUGCUUUGGAUUAUGUUUACACUCAUUUGCACUGAUCCUUCGUUGAUGAACACCUUCCCCUCCCGCACACGACGAACUCUCCCAGCUCCCCCUGCUUCUAUUUAUUGUUCAUGUAUCAUGACACACGUUGGAUAUGAAUGUAUAAAAUCACUUUCUGUAGAACUGUCUGUUGUGGCUGCCCCCUAGUGGUAACUUACCGGUUACUGCUGCACAUGGUUUGACUGUGAGGUCAUCUGAGAGCGCCCUGAUGAGAGGUUGCACUUGUGACGUGGAAUUUGUUCGGGGGCCUCUGCUCUGUGUAACAGAACAAAAGGUUGAACUGAUAACACAUAUUUCAGUAGUUCAAGAGCAGUGUUUUCCUAAGGGGGAAAGUGAAUCCCUCUGAUGUUUUAAAAUUUUUGCAUGUAUUCACUAAAGAAAGGCCGAAAUAAGAUAUUUUGGCAAUGGAACCGAAAUUCACAAAGAGCCUGGUUUGUUUCUACUAUGGAAUUGUAGUUUCACACUGUAUUUGGGCGGAUGAUGGAAAACACCACACUACGUUUAAUCAUUAAUGCGCAAUAUCAAGUACCAGAGUGUGUUUUCAACCUUUGGAGUCAAUUAUGAGCACCUGAAUUGAGGCCAGUUAAUGUGGUUUGUAGAAAAUCUCUUCUUUUGACACAUUUUUUUUUUUUUUUUGUAGAAUGAGGGUGAUUACAACAUUCAUUUAUCCAUGUAUGUACAGUAUUUUCUUAGCCACUUUGUCUAAACCAUACAUGAGCUGUGGGUGCACCUGUCCUACAAGGCCUGCAAAACAUAUACAUCCCCUUGGAUUUUUUAAAUUUUUAUUCCUUUUUAAAUAUUUUCUUUGGAUAAUUUGGCUUUUCAUGUAAAAUAAUGAUUGUAUACAUACUUACCCGGUUUCAAAGUGACUGGCCUCAUUUAGUGGAGGAACGGCCAGUUGAUUCUUUUAGUCUCACACUUACUGGAAUGGAGAUCACCUGAGUGCUGUGAAUGUGUUUUAAGUGGCAUCAAGGUAUUCCUGACUAACAUUAGACUAUGAAGACAAAAAAAAAAAAACUUCCA